CAAUAGUUAUUGUUUUUAUAAAAUUAAAAAUUCUGACCCAAAAUCCGUCUUCUCUUUCUUUCUACUCCGAUUCCUGCGUUGCUUUUGGUCUUGGUCGAAUUGCGAACUCAGCAGCAGAAGAAGUUCCUCAAUUGUUUCACCUCAAAUUCGAUUCGAACUAUGUAAACGCCACUGUCGCGUCGGGUUUGUUGUCUCUGUUUUUGUUGCGGUGUUACUGUUCCUCGGUUCGGAUCUCCGAAGCAUGAAUCUCAGCAACGGAAAGGGAUCCAUGUCAACCCUUACUGCAAGCGUGGUUAUGAAAUCCGGCGACGCCGUCUCCGACCAGUUUCCGGCGGGUCUCCGGGUUCUCGUGGUGGACGAUGAUCCCACGUGUCUCAUGAUUCUUGAGAAGAUGCUCCGCACGUGCCUCUACGAAGUUACCAAAUGUAAUCGAGCAGAAACUGCUCUCUCACUGCUUAGAGAGAACAAAAAUGGGUUUGACAUUGUUAUAAGCGAUGUGCAUAUGCCGGACAUGGAUGGAUUUAAACUUUUGGAGCACAUUGGGUUAGAGAUGGACCUUCCUGUUAUAAUGAUGUCUGCGGAUGAUGGUAAAAGUGUUGUUAUGAAGGGUGUGACUCAUGGUGCUUGUGAUUACUUAAUUAAGCCUGUUCGCAUUGAGGCUUUGAAGAACAUAUGGCAGCACGUGGUUCGGAAGAGGAAGAAUGAGUGGAAAGACGCGGAGCAAUCAGGGAGUGCUGAGGAAGGAGAUCGGCAACCAAAGGCUUCUGACGAAGCAGAUUACUCUUCCUCAGCGAAUGAAGGCAGUUGGAGAAACUCAAAGAAGAGAAGGGAUGAGGAAGAGGAGGCAGAGGAUAGAGAUGACACAUCCACACUAAAGAAGCCACGGGUUGUUUGGUCCGUGGAGCUCCAUCAACAGUUUGUGGCUGCUGUGGAUCAACUGGGAAUUGACAAGGCUGUUCCUAAAAAAAUUCUGGAAUUGAUGAAUGUUCCUGGGCUCACUAGAGAAAAUGUUGCCAGCCACCUGCAGAAAUACCGAUUGUAUCUUCGAAGGUUGAGUGGAGUUUCUCAGCACCAGAAUAACAUGAACAACUCCUUCCUCAGCCCCCAGGAGGCAACAUUCGGGACAAUUUCUUCAAUUAAUGGAAUUGAUCUUCAAACUCUUGCAGUUGCCGGCCAGCUCCCAGCACAAAGUCUAGCCACACUUCAAGCAGCAGGACUUGGUAGGCCAACUGGAAAAGCUGGUGUACCUAUGCCUCUCAUGGAUCAAAGAAACCUUUUCAGUUUUGAAAACCCAAGGUUAAGAUUUGGAGAAGGCCAGCAGCAACAUUUAAGCACUAGUAAACCAAUGAACUUGUUGCAUGGAAUCCCUACCAACAUGGAGCCAAAGCAGCUUGCCAAUUUGCACCAGUCUACCCAAUCCAUUGGCAGCUUGAAUAUGCGAGUCAAUGCUUCCGCUACACAAGGCAGCCCCUUAUUGAUGCAGAUGGCACAAUCCCAACCUAGAGGUCAGAUGCUAAGUGAAAAUAUUGGUCCUCGUGUUCCAAGACUUCCAUCAUCUUUGGGGCAGCCUACUGUAUCAAAUGGAAUUUCUAAUGGUCUUCUGGGCAGAAAUGGGAUUGCUGGUAAUAACAGAGGACCUGCAUAUAAUCCUGUUCCACCAAGCUCUUCGUUGUUGAGUUUUCCAAUGAAUCAAACCUCUGAAAUGUCUGUCAACAAUAGUUUUCCUCUUGGAAGCACUCCAGGUAUAUCCAGUAUCACAACAAAAGGCUCAUUUCAAGAGGAAGUUACAUCUGGAAUCAAAGGAUCUGGUGGAUUUCCAAGUUAUGAUAUUUUUAAUGAACUGCACCAUCAGAAGCCUCAUGAUUGGGAGAUAACAAACCCAAACUUGACUUACAAUGCCUCCCAGCAUGCAAACCCUUUACAAGGUAAUAUUGAUGUCACACCAUCAGUUUUAGUGCAUCAAGGGUUUUCUUCUACACAACAGACUGGUCAAAGCAGAGAUGCUGCUUUGAUUGGAAAAGCUAUGUUCUCCAUGGGAGAGGGCUUGGAACAAAAUAACUUCCAAAAUGCUAGUCAAAACCUCAAUCCACUUCUUCUUGACAAUUCAAUAAGGGUCAAGGCUGAAAGAAUUCCUGAUGCAAGCUCCCAGACUAAUCUCUUCCCUGAGCAUUAUGGGCAGGAGGAUCUAAUGAGUGCACUUCUAAAACAGCAAGAAGGCAUGGGACCAUCUGAGAAUGAGUUUGACUUUGAUGGAUAUUCUCUGGACAACAUUCCUGUCUAGAACAAACCCUUUCCGAUUGAAGUUGCCAGUGUAAAUAGUUUGUUACACAAGCACAUGAUCAUCCUGCAGUUAGCUAUUUUGGAACUGAGUCAAAAUUUGGUUGAUGUCAAAUAUUCAGACUUCUGGGAGUAGUAGUGUAUUGUAAUGGUUUAGUCUGGAUGCUCAACAUGAAUCAGCUUCAAACCUCAACUGCAUAUAUUCACAAAGCAUGUGCAAAUUUUGACUGCUAUUUAUAGCAAAAUUGCUAGCAAGCUUCUAAUUUUAGGGUGUUCUUGAAGGUGUUGGCUUAGGGCAGAAUUGCAGAAGCAAGGUUUUGAUACAUCUGCAAAGUUGUCCUAGGAGCAUUUCUAACUUGAAUAACAAAUUAUGAAAUUUUUUUCUUCUGUUCCUUUUGUAAUUUAUGUCAUUGAAAGCAAGUAACGACUUCCGUAAGCAUGUAAAUAUUGCAUUUGGUAGCUUUAGACAUCUGGUCUGGUCAUUCUUUUAUGGUUGAUUCUGUACUUUCCGAUAGAUAUGCGCUGUUUUUUAUGUUCACUGUGUCUUGCAUUCUUUGUACAUGAACCUGAUUAUGUGAUUUGUGUGAGACUACAUAGCUAUCCGUUUUAUAAA